CUGUGUGCCCACUUUUUGUGACGUUUUUUUGGUUCAGUGGUGGACCGGCAGAUUUAUCUAAUGUAAAACAAUGUGGCUCAUUAAAAGUUAGGAAACCCAUAUUCAAUAUUAGAUACGGUGCUAUCCUCAAGGUCGGGGAACGCGCCACAUGACGAGCAGAAUGACCAAAUUCUUCAGAGCGGGGUGGCCCCGCCCCCUCAUCCAGAUGUGCACCCCGCCGGCGUCGAGUCAGUGAGCGUCCGUCUUCAACAGAGCGCGGAGCUCCGCACAGUCAACAGGAGGCUGCUACCCGGAGAGACACUUUGGAUGAACAGAAACGAUCUGAACCGUCGCGUUCACCCCUCGACAGAAUCCUCGUUGUAACUGGACUAAUGCUCGUCGGUGGACUGCGUCCAUCGAGGUGGUUUGUUGUACCUGUUCAACCUGGUGCGUAAAAGGAUGACAAAAGCAAAACAGAGGCAGAUUCACUUAGAGAUCUUUUGAGAGAUUAUUUUAAGGUAACUCACCGAAAUAUUCUUUUUCGAAAAAAAAAUGAGGAAUACAAGUGGUUGCCAACUCGAAAGUGGUGCGAAGUCGCCUCCACAUUGAGGGGAUCCAAGUGCACUUUGCAGGGGCGUGUUGUUAAUUGAAAUCGAUCACGCGGUGUUCAUCCUCCUCUUCACCGUCCUUUGCACACCUUCAUCAUGACUUCACUAUCUGGGUCCAAGGAGAGAUCCGUGGCCGGCCGGGGCAGAAAGUACACGAUACCCGACACUUCCCCCACCAAAUCAGCCUCCUUUUUCCCGGACACAUGGUACCGAAAGGCUUACGAGGAAACCAGCCGAUCCAGCUCUCGACCCGCACCCGAAGGCGCAGGCUCCAUGCCCAGCUCAACGGGCACCCCUUCUCCUGGCUCGGGGAUCUCCUCACCAGGCUCCCUGUCUGGAUCGCCUGGGACCAUCUCCCCGGGGAUAUGCACCGGAUCUCCAGGUUCUCUUGGCGGAUCUCCGGGUUUUGGGACAGGCUCCCCGGCCUCGGGCAGUGGAAGUUCUCCUGGAAGUGAAAGAGGGAUUUGGUGUGAGAACUGCAACACAAGGCUGACGGAGCUGAAAAGACAAGCAUUAAAACUUCUCAUCCCGGGACCUUAUUCAAGCAAGGACCCGUCCUUCCCCCUCCUCCUCCAUGAUAAGCUGCAAUUCCCCAACAGUUCCCGGCGGGCAUGGAACGAGCAUGACAGUCGCUGUGACGUGUGCGCCACUCACCUCACGCAGCUCAAACAGGAAGCCGUGCGCUUGGUGCUCAUGCUGGACCAGUGGGAUUUGUCUCCCUCUUCGUCGCCUCCUCCCUUCUUUGGGCGCUACGCAUCCCAGGGAGCUUCCGGAUCCAGAGAAUGGCCCUCCUCUUUGCUCCCUUCCUCUUCCUCGUCAUCCGCCGCCGCCGUUUCACACCUCACACGUCCUUCAUCGCCGUCACCUUCCCCGAGUCUCAGCCAGACCCCGACACCAAGCCCCAGCCACGCACUGUCAGCCCCUGGUCACGGGAGUCCUUCUGCUGGACAGACGGCAUCCUGUACACCCUUGAACCAACAAGUGCACAGACUGGGCUCCAAACCCAGCUCGCUGGGGCUCGGAGGUGGGAUGGAAAGACGGAACGGUUCGCCUGGUUCUGCAAAAACGGCCUUGACCCAACAGCAAACUGUGAGUGCAGUAAACAGUCCAGGGAAUAGCAGUACGAACAGCAGUAACAACACCGCAGGUCAGCAGCAUAUGAACAGAACUAAUGGAGGAGUUACGCUCUAUCCGUACCAGAUCUCCCAGAUGGUGUCUGAGGCGUCCAGGGAAGGUUUGACCGAGGCUGCCCUGAACCGCUACAACACACACUCCCCUUCACACACCAAUUCAACACCACACACAAACUCACCCUCACAUACUGCGGCGACCACCACCACGUCACACAGCACCAGUUUGUCUGCGGCCUCCUUUUUUGCCAGAGCUGCACAAAAACUGAAUCUGACAUCCAAGAAGCGGAAGUUGAAGGCUGCCGCGACAGUGCCGCUGCCCGUGACUACAUCGGCGCCAACAUGCGACAGUCAAUUGUUCCCCACCAAUUUCAGCUCCGCCCUUCUGUCAGCCCCACCCCCGGCUCCGCCCUGCCUUCUCCGUGCAGCCAAUAAGAUCAAAGACACACCUGGUCUAGGAAAGGUGAAAGUGAUGGUGCGUGUAUGUCCGGCAUCUCAGUCCAACCUGGCGGAGUCCAGUUCUUUCCUCAAAGUCGACCCGAGAAAGAAACAGAUCACCAUCAUGGACCCUUCAACCAAUCAGACACCAAGCGCCGCCUCUCAGAAGAGAGUGGGCUCCAACCAGGUCCCUCCCAAGAUGUUUACCUUUGACGGCGCCUUCCCUCCUGAUGCGUCGCAGGCGGAAGUUUGCGCAGGAACGGUUGCCGAGGUGAUUCAGUCGGUCGUGAAUGGAGCAGACGGAUGCGUCUUCUGUUUUGGGCACUCCAAGCUGGGCAAAUCUUACACCAUGAUUGGCCACCACGACUCCCUGCAGACGUUAGGUAUCAUCCCCUGUGCCAUCUCCUGGCUCUUUAAGCUCAUCAAUGAGAGGAGGGAGAAAACAGGGGCCCGCUUCUCUGUCCGUGUGUCUGCAGUUGAGGUUUGGGGCAAAGACGAGAACCUGAAGGACUUACUCUCAGAGGUGGCCACUGGCAGCCUGCAGGAUGGACAGUCACCUGGGGUCUACCUGUGCGAGGACCCCAUCUGUGGUAUGCAGCUCCAGAACCAGUCCGAACUGCGUGCUCCGACACCAGAGAAGGCAGCCUGGUUCCUGGACGCAGCCAUCGCGGCCCGCCACAGCAGCCAACGUCACGACACCACCGAAGAAGACCACAGGAAUUCGCACAUGCUGUUUACACUGCAUAUUUAUCAGUACCGCAUGGAGAAGACGGGCAAGGGAGGAAUGUCGGGAGGUCGCAGUCGCCUCCAUCUGUUGGACCUGGGCAGCUGCGAUGUCGGUGUCCUCGAGGGCGGGGCGGUGGGGAAAGGCAGGGAAAAUUCUUCGGCCAGCUCGGCACCUCUUUGCCUUUCCCUGUCAGCUCUCGGCAACGUGAUCCUCGCCCUGGUCAACGGGAGCAAACACAUCCCGUACAAGGACAGCAAGCUGACCAUGUUGCUGAGGGAGUCGCUAGGCAACAUGAACUGCCGCACCACCAUGAUCGCUCACAUCUCGGCCUCGCCGGCGGAUUUUUCGGAAAGCCUCUCCACUAUCCAGAUCGCAUCCCGCGUCCUACGCAUGAAGAAGAAAAAAACUAAGGUCACCGUGCAGUACACCUCCAGCUCCUCUGGAGGAGAGAGCUCCUGCGAAGAAGGUCGCAUGCGUCGGCCCACCCAUUUGCGGCCUUUCCAUCACCGCGGCGACCCCAACUCAGACCUCCCACUGCUGCGCCUGUCCAAUGACCCGGACGAACAAUAUUCAAGUAGCGAGCAGUCAUGCGACACCGUCAUCUACGUGGGUCCCAACGGGGCCGCUGUGUCAGAUCGGGAGUUGACAGACAACGAGGGUCCACCGGAGUUUGUGCCGAUAAUUCCCGCCCUGCUGCGAGCAAAAUCAGAGACGCUACAAAGUCAGGCGGUCCAGAAGCAGGUGCAGCCCGAGCCUGAGAGCCAAGACCAGCAAGGUGGACCAUCUCAGGCUCAGUCGAUACUAGGACAGCCUUUGGCCCCUGUGCCUGAGGAAGGGGCCGAGUGCCUAAAAUGCAACACCUUUGCUGAGCUGCAGGAAAGACUGGACUGCAUUGAUGGCAGUGAGGAGGUGGCAAAGUUUCCCUUUGAGGAGGUUCUGGUCUGUAAACAAGGAUCCAAAGAUCCACGUUUCCCUUCUGAGGAUUCAGUCAGUCCCACUGAGAAUUCCUCUGUUGCUACAUUGGACACAGAGGCCAAAACAGGAGGUCCAGUCCAGCUCACUUCCUCCUCGACAGAACAUUCUAGAAGGAAGACCAAUGAAGAGCAGCUGCAAGAUAUCAAAGAGGUGGUGGAGGAGGCGGAGCUGGCUCAGACCAUUAUCCACAGUCUGGCUCAGAGUUCCGGGUCCACCUUCGUGUCUGGCAGUAGGAAUGUGACAGGAAGCAAUGCAUCAAACCCCCUUCACAGGUCCAAGGCCUCACUCCAGCAUGACAACCGUGAAAAUCUGACCAUGGGAGUUAACACUGAGGGGAAGACACGGCCACUGGGAUCCCCACGCCUUGGAAUCGCCAGCCUGACGAAAACCUCAGAAUACAGGCCUCCGUCCUCGCCGUCUCAACGGUGUAAAGUGUACACUCAGAAGGGAGUGAUACCAGCAACAUCCCCACUGGCUUCACACACUUUGGCUCAGGAGGGACAAGCAACAGAAGCCUUGAACUCUGACAACAGCCUGGCUGCAGACAGCGGUCGUUCCUCCACCAAGUAUCCACUAUCCAGAACAUCUCCUGUUGGUAUGAGUCCACAAGUCAAAGAUCCAACUCCAUCCCUGUCUACCAGCCUGGGCUCCGCAGAAACACUCUGUGAUGAUGAUGUCCCUCCGAUACCCUUGGAUACACAUCGGGAUGGACUAGCUGGACAUCACUUGCUGUGUGACGAGCUAUCAGUAUACACAGGGGCUGCAGGAGAAGAGGAGGCACUCGAUGACACAGCUCUCAUGAUGACACAGCGUCUGACCUGUCGCCCACCGAGCAUUAUCAGCUUCAAUAGUGACUGCUACUCUGUGGACGCCCAGCCCUGUGGAGUUCUCACGAGCCCCGUUGAGGAUGGAGCUGCAGAGAGCUUUCGUGUGAUUGCAACAAGCUCUGCGGUUACAGAGGUUGUCGCCAUGGCAGAGGUGACAAUGGCCAAGCUGCACAUGGAGGGGGAUGCGAUUGCCUCGGUGAUGACCCCUAUUGCCUCUUGGAUGAGUGAUCUGAGUGGGUGCAGUGAGGGUGAUCACUCACUUCACAGCUUCAGCCAGUCCCAAAGUCAUCAAGGGGAAGCCUUGGCUGAACACAACCUAAUUUCCUUGGGACUAGAUGGGGCAGGAGAUAAUGGAAGCAGUGGAUGUUUUAGAAGAGGGAGUUUAGAUGGAGUUAUGUCAGAGAACAGAGGGGUGAAGGGAACGCAAACCAAGGACAGUUUGAGAAAAAUGCCUCCAUCUAUGGCUAAAACAACCAUCCAGUCUUUGACAGCACUUGGGAGCCACUCUACCUUCAAGACCCCAAUCAGUACUCACUCCUGUGUAGCUAUCAAACAGAUGGCCAUGCAGGAACCUACUCUCUGCUCCUCACCAACAAAAUUAAACACACAGCAGUUGGCUUCCAUUUCCAGUGAGAUGAACUUUGAGGACCCUUGGCUGGUACGUGUACUGGAGGAUGUGAGGCCCAAUGAGGUAGUCAGGCCAGUGAAGAAUGAUGCGGAGCAUUCAAAGAGCCAAUCAGGGCAGAGGACUGAAACAGCUGGAAAUGGGAACCUUGAAAAUUUCUGCAGGGAUGUUGAAGAACAUGGUGGGUCGAGUUCAAACGGAGAGGUGGUAUCAUCUCCAGACUCCUACAAGAGAGUAGUGGAUGGUUGUGAAAUGGUCACUGGUGUUGCCCAAGGAGAAUGUCUGGCUGAUACCUACAACCCAGAAAUCCACCGAACCGCCAGUCUCCCUCGUGCCUGGCAUCGUCUGAACCGCCAUGACGGCUUAGAUAACACAACUGAGUACAAGAAUUUUGGUACCACCUCUUCAACACCCUGCAGUCCGCGUGCCACACUUGACCGCCGGGGAUCAACUGGAAAACAAGGCUUUUUCUCCCACAAAAAGAGUGGGAUCCCGCCUUUGCCACCUGUACGCAAAUCCAGCCUUGACCUUCGUAACAGGGCAGCCAGUCCAUUAAACCAGCCCAUUCAUGAGGUCUCUAUGCCGGGCAGCUCUACAGAUGAAUCAUGUGCCAUCAGACAACAUGUCUCCAGUAUCGACAGUGGUAGACUCUUUAGCGCUAAGCUGGAGCAACUUGCAAGCAGAACUAACUCUCUUGGCCGAGCCCACAGUGGAUCGCACCACUAUGACUGCUUCUCCCUUGAAAGGGCUGAAAGCCUCCGGGGGGGAGGAUGUAAGGGAGAUGGCUCCAUACCCCGUACAGGUCGCAGUCUUACUCGUGCCGGAAACGGCUUUGGAGGUAGUUCUGGUCCGAGCAGUGCCCCGCAGUCGCCUGCCAAAUCAAGCGGUCAGUCAAAGAUCUCAGCUGUCAGUAAGCUGCUGAUGACCAGUAGUCCCAAAUCCAGGAGUCUGUCUGCCUCCAGCACCAAGACUCUCAGCUUUUCUACGAAGUCUCUGAGCCAAGCCUCGAGUAGAAGCUCAAGCCUUCCCCCUAAUGGAAAGCCACAAAGCACCAUUCAGGGCCCUGUGCAGCAGCAGGGACCCUCUCCUGCAUCCUGGUCUACGCAGUCUCUGAGCCGCAGUCGAGGGGGGAGUUUGGCUGCCAAGCUGCCCCUGCGGGCUGUUAAUGGCCGUAUCUCAGAGCUUCUCCAAGGAAGUGGAGGUUCACGUUCCAGGAAUCAUGCCCAUGCAGGGGGUGCAGAUUCAGCGGAGGAGAAAGUAGUUGGAGGGACAAGUGGAGGGGCACUGGGAGCAGGAGGUGUUCUUGGAGGAGGGCCAGGGGAGGAACGGACAGCAGCGGUCCAAAGCCUUCCGUCUCCCUAUAGCAAGAUCACUGCUCCACGAAAACCACAUCGCUGCAGCAGUGGCCAUGCUAGCGACAACAGCAGUGUCCUGAGUGGUGAACUACCUCCGGCCAUGGGUAAGACGGCCUUGUUCUACCACAGCGGAGGCAGCAGCGGCUACGAGAGCAUGCUAAGAGACAGCAGCGAGAACACAGGAAGUACUUCCUCGGCUCAAGACUCGCUCAGUGAGCACAGCUCCGCCACCACCUCCUCCAGACGCAGCUCCAAGAGCAACAAGAAGGGCAGGAGCAACACUGGACACUUAGGAGGUCUCCAGCGUCGUCGGUUGAUUCCGGCACUGACCUUGGACUCCUCUUCGUCUCCUCACCGCACCGUCAAACAGUCAGCCACGUCCUCUUCUUCCUCCUCCUCCAGCCCAGGUGCAUACUGGGUGGAUGGUCCACUGGGACCGCCCGCCUCUGCAAACCCACGAGGUCCGGGAGCCAUGGCGGAGGCCUUUGAGAUCAAGGUGUAUGAGAUUGAUGAUGUCGAGCGCCUGCAGAAGAGGAGGGACAAGGGGGCGGUGUACAUCAAUGGCAAGCUUCGCCUGCUGGAGCACCGUCAGCAGCGCAUCAGCGAGGUGCGAGCCAAAUACCAGUGCUUGAAGAAAGAGCUGGAACAGACCAAGCAGCACCUGAUGCUGGAGCCUCACACAUGGACCACCGAGUUCGAGCUCCAGCAGGUGUACGAGGUGGACUCACUGGAGUAUUUGGAAGCUCUGGAGACGGUGACGGACAAACUGGAGAAUAGAGUGAAUUUCUGCAAAGCUCACCUGAUGAUGAUCACUUGCUUCGACGUGUCAUCCAGACAUCGGUAGCCGCGCAGCGGGAUGGUGCAACACUUUUUCUGUCAAUAUAAAAACUGUUCCCAAAUAAAUGCUUCUUGGCUGGAAUAUAAAAAAAAUAAAAGGGGGUGGGGGGUUCUCGUGAUGAACUGAUCCAAUAACCCCCACUCCAUCUCCACUUGAAGGUAAGCAGGACUGGUGAUGGAUGAAUCAAUUCGAGAUGUACUGAGCUAAACGGCCAUUGGAGUGAGCCUGUCUGUUCAUCUGGAAGGGCAGAAGAGCAUUUACGUUUACGAGGAAGCUUUCAAACAACCAACUGGUGGAAAAGGACCCAUACUGCCAUGUCUCUUUUUUUGUUGAUUUUAUAGCAUCUUAUAUCCGGAGCUGAAACAAGUACGAAACAGGAAUCCAGUGCCCACGGCAUGCCCUGGUUUGCAGUCAUUAAAAAAAGACCAAGAGCCGGUCAGAGUAAAAAGGACAAAUCAACUUGAUGAGAAAAAGUGCCUUGAUAACAUUUCAAUAAUAACAACAGUACAUACAGUUUGGUGCUAACAUAGUAAAACAUACAAAAAGAUGAGUUUCUUUGAUGGAUUCAUUGCAGUCUGGAAAUAUGACACAACUGUGGGUCACUAUUUCCAUAUAUGGUCAAAAUCCUAUUGGGCAGGGUUCAAGUUAUGCGGGAGCCGAGGCCCAGAAAGUAAAUUCAUCCAUCUGUGGGGGUCUAUUAUGAUCGAGCCAUCUAUUUUUUAUGGCACUCGUCUUCAUUAUGGUCACGGGUAAGCUGGAGCCUAACCCAGCUGACUCCAAACUCCAAAAGUAGAACAGUGUUGCCUUGAGAUAUGAAUUGACCCCAUUCAUGAGUAUGUUUGCAACUCAAAACACUGCUAUCUCAAAUUAUCUUUCCUUAUUGUCGUGAAUGGAAAUACCAUGUGAAAAAUGUUUCUGAAUGAAGAAAAUAUCAUGCCUUUACUUUGUAAAAGCAUAUAAUUAUACCAGAAAUGGGAUGUGAUGAAUUACGAUGAAUACAUUCAUUCGGGUGUGUGCGACAAAGAGUUUCACUUAGGUGCUGUAAGUGACUCACUUAUCUGCAGUGAAAAUAAUCAUUUUUAAGAUAUCCUUUAUAUCAGAGAUUUAGCAGAGAUUAAAGAAUAUAUCCAUGUGGGUAUUACUAUCUGUCCGCAUUAUAAUAAUUAUGACAUUGCUAGUGGACUUAGAGGUAAAGUCAUGUGGUGGUUUAUGAUUAGUUUGACAGUAAACUCACCGGGAGUUCAUUAAACGGUAUGAAGCCUCUUUUUCUGAGGAUUUAUUCACUUUGCCAGGCUAUUGCAUGUUGUGAACUGAGCCACUCCCACUAUACAGUACUCACUUCUCAAAAGUUUCUGACAGCAAGUUAACAACAAUUCGUAUCUCGAAAAAUUCGGAAGUCGGGUAACCCUGAUCCGAGGCAACACUGUACUAUGUAUAUUAAAAACGACUGGGCUCUACAAACCUAACAAACUGAUUUAGUUUGUUGUGUCAAGCUAACGCUCAACUCGAACCCUGCUUAUACAGGACGUUUACAUUGGCCAAGAGACCUCAAUUAAAUAACCUUAAAAAAAGUAAACAAAUUCAAUGGAAUCAGGUUAUUUAUACUAUAAAUACAUUUAAAAGGGACCAAAUAUCUGAUGGAACUUAAGUCAGCACACAAUGUUUAAAAAAAAAAAUCUUGUUCAUUUUGGUGCUGUUUUAAGCUUGACUUUUUACACUCAAACGUUCCUACGCUGCUAACUGAUGUAAGGAUGUGAAGGCUUUUCCGUGUCCGCAAAGCAGCGCAGGAAUGUUUCUUUCCCCACGGCACAUCCAUCGAUCGACGCACGUCUGUUAUUUGUAUCCGUGUUGUUCUGCUCUAUUUGUAAAGACACUCAAUGACUUGUCAAUGUAUGUGUAUGUGUGUUUUCUAAUAACCAAAGGCAAUGGGACCAUGUAGAGAUUCUAGCCGCAUUCAGUAUGUCUUUGGGGGGAUAUGAUGCGUCUUCGCGGGUACCGCUCACGUCGGCGAAGUUUUCUCGACAUUAUGUCAUGGAUCUGCAACACUUCAGCUAAUGAAGCGUUCGCAGAGACGUCAUGUUCGCAAUUAGUGAUAGCCUCAGAGGCAGUAAAUUGGGGUACGCCAUGAAAGAGCUAUUCGCCAUGGAAAAUCGAGCUUACGUUUAAUUGAAUAACGCCGUUAGAUAAGUACUGCAUUCCUACGGUGCCAUUAUCAAUGGUAGAAAGUGGCAUGGUUUUUGUCUAGGAAGGAAUUAUGGCCAAAAAGGUGAUAGGUUGCGGCAGUGUAGUUCUGCCUGUCACCACAAACAAAAAAUAUUGACACCUAUUAAUAUAUAAUGAAAUGAAUGCGAUCUAAAGGGAGGGGGAAAAAGAUGAAAUUCAGAGGCAGUGAUCUCUGCUGGUUUCUGUGUCUUCUACAUGAUUUGAUAUCCUUCUCGAUGGUGCUUGAGAUGUUUAUGCUCUAAAUGUUUGUACAAAUAUAAAUCUAUGGAAGAGUGAUUUGUGUCAAAAAUAACCUUUUAAAAAAAUAUUUUACGUCACUAUAGCAGCUUGGAUACUUCACUACCCUUGUCCUUCUCCUGAGCGAUUUAUUUCUCAGUGUUCAAUGGAUGCCAAAUGAGAGGAGAGAAGGUAACAUUGGGUAGCAGGAAAUAAACUGUGUGAGGUUAUGGACCUUUCCAUGGCUGGCUGACUAAGUGAAAGUCAUUUAUCUACACAUGCGGAGGCAGACGGGAGGUAAUCUCCUGGGAACGGCCGAAACGCUGAAGCAUGUUUGAUAAACUGGCCGUGUGAUGUGUUUAUACACAAGAGUGCGCAACAUCGGAAUGUUUCCUAUUUUCUCUCAUAGUGCAUCAAAGUCUAUUUAUUUCAGCUAUUGUGUAUUUAUUUAAGCCUUACCACGUUUCAAGGUUACUAUGCAUUUAAGAUUAAAAAAAAGAUAACUGUAUAUACUUUGCCAUACACAUUAGAUAUACUAAAUAUGCUUUUCAGCUCCAAAAUGAUUCCUACAUUGGUCAUACUUACUGUUAGGAUGAAUCUUUUUAGCUGAAAAUUAUACAAUAAAGACAACUAACUGUAAACGGUAAUUUAAAAAAAUGCUAUUCUCUCUAACUUUUUAAUACAUUUUGGCAAACAAACAAAUAAAUAAAUGGAAAUGAUUCCAAAUUUGCAAGAAGUCAAAAUAGUUCAUAUGGUGCGCUAAGGAUAAAACAACCUGUUGGGGGGAAGACAAAAAAAACGAUGGAAACAUGGACUAUCACAUUCUGGUUUUAUUUUCAGUUCAAAUGUGUCCAAGGUAUGAAUAAUUGGAGCUUCAACUGUAUAUACGAUGCACAUAUCAAUUAUAUGCCCACCUUGUACUGUAUUUCUUUUGGCCAUAUUGAGAGUUGAAAACAAAACAAAAAAAACCACACACACACAUACACACAAAAAGAGGAAAAUGCUUUGAAGAAUUUGAGUAUAUGAAACAGUAUUUACUCCAGUUAAGGAAACCCCGUCCUUGAAGUCGGUUCAUGGCCAAAUAUCUUUUUGAUGUUUGUGGAUGUCGGAAUUGACAACUCGAAGUGUUCAUUUUGUCGAAAAACCAAGUUAACUCAAAUCUCUGGUUACAUUGUUCAACAGCUGUGUGGUAAAUAUUUUAACCAGAGAUGCAUGCAAACUUUUUUAGAUACAAUCAUUUGUGGGUUGUGCCGUUUCUAAAUCUGCCCUUGUUUUUUUUGUGUGUGUGUGUGGGGGGGGGGGGGGGGGGGGUUCCCUUGAGCACAUCAGGUUUGCAUUCCAAUAGUUAUAAAUUAAGAGUUAGGUUCAUCAAGUUUUUUGUUGUUUUUUUCUGAAAGGUCAUUGCUAUAAAUUGCAAUGCAUAGGUCAAAUUCGAAAAUAUCUAAAAAACCUCAUGUGCAAGGGGGAAAAAAGCACAUUUUUCAAAUCUGCGUCAAAAAUACAAUUAGGGACAAAUAAAGCCAUCUCUGGUUGAAAUGUGUUUUUUUGUCAGUCGUAAGUGCCAAUCUAUAGAAGGGACGAUUCAACAAUGUCAUAACAAGUGGAGGUCAGUGUGAAAAAUUCUGAAGCACGUCAAGUGUGAUAUUCUCUGUGCAUGAUUGGGGUCUUUUUGACACAGCGUGUCGGUGGACAAACAAGAUGGCCGAAUGUAAAUAAAGGAAUGUAUUCAACCAA